UUGGAUCAUUUGUUCGAUUCCGCCGAUUGUGGAAGCAUUUGUGAUUAAUCGCGGUAAACUUUUUUUUAAAAAUAUGUUUUAAUUUUAAAAUAAUAAGUUCGAAUUAUUUUUAACUUUCAUCGUUUAGUUGAAAACUAUAAUGUCGGGUCCACACAGUAAAAAAAGAGUGUGUUAUUAUUACGAUAGCGAUAUAGGAAACUACUAUUAUGGACAGGGGCAUCCUAUGAAACCGCAUCGGAUACGAAUGACCCAUAAUCUAUUGCUAAAUUAUGGCUUAUACAGAAAAAUGGAAAUAUUUAGACCGCAUAAAGCUACAGCCGAUGAAAUAAUGAAAUUUCAUAACGAAGAAUACGUACGAUUUCUACGGAGUAUUCGUCCUGAUAACAUGACCGAUUAUAAUAAACAAAUGCAAAGAUUCAACGUCGGCGAAGAUUGUCCGGUUUUUGACGGCUUAUACGAAUUCUGCCAGUUAUCAGCCGGUGGAUCUGUAGCUGCAGCCGUGAAACUUAACAAACAAGCUUCGGAUAUUUGUAUAAAUUGGGGAGGUGGCCUUCAUCACGCCAAGAAAUCUGAAGCCUCUGGAUUUUGCUACGUUAAUGAUAUCGUGUUAGGUAUUCUCGAAUUAUUGAAGUAUCAUCAGCGUGUGUUAUAUAUUGAUAUCGACGUACAUCACGGAGACGGCGUAGAAGAAGCUUUUUAUACUACUGACAGAGUUAUGACUGUAUCUUUCCAUAAAUACGGCGAAUUUUUCCCCGGAACUGGCGACUUGAGGGAUAUUGGAGCUGGUAAAGGAAAGUAUUACGCUGUAAAUAUCCCAUUACGAGACGGUAUGGAUGACGAAAGCUACGAAUCAAUAUUUGUACCAAUAAUCACCAAAGUUAUGGAAACUUUCCAGCCUAGUGCUGUUGUACUGCAAUGCGGAGCUGAUUCGUUAACCGGCGAUCGACUGGGAUGUUUUAAUUUGACCGUUAAAGGUCAUGGGAAAUGUGUAGAAUUUGUGAAACGCUAUGGUCUACCGUUUAUGAUGGUUGGAGGCGGUGGAUACACGAUUAGAAAUGUUUCUAGAUGCUGGACAUACGAAACUUCCGUUGCGUUAGACGUAGAAAUCGCUAAUGAGCUUCCGUACAACGAUUACUUCGAGUAUUUCGGCCCUGACUUCAAGCUGCACAUUAAUCCGUCCAAUAUGGCUAAUCAGAACAAUAUAGAUUAUUUAGAAAAAAUAAAGACUCGGUUAUUUGAAAAUUUACGCAUGUUACCGCAUGCUCCAGGAGUUCAGGUUCAAGCAAUCCCCGAAGACGCAGUUAAAAUCGACUCAGACGACGAAGAUAAAAUAAAUCCCGACGAAAGAAAUCCUCAAAGUAUACAAGAUAAACGUAUUAUCGGUGACAAUGAAUUCAGUGAUAGUGAAGACGAAGGCCCUCCUACUUCAAAUCGUAAAGACAAUAGAUCUUAUAAAGGAGCUCCUACUACUCCUACUAGAAAAAAACCAAGAAUAGAUCAAGUUAAAGACGUUGAAAUGAAACUAGACGAAUCGAGUAAAAACGAAAUUAAAAGCACAGCUUAAGAUCUCUCUAUAUAUUCCUAUAAAAGUAAAUUUUUAGACAAAAGUAGCCUGCAUUAUAAUUCUGUGUUCAUUUAUAUGUAUAAAAAGUUUUGAAUAUUGUACGUAAUAUUUUAUUCGGUUCUAAAAUCUUGAUAAAAGUUUAUAUGCUGAAAACUACAUUAUAACAGACGUUGGAAUUCAUCUCAUUUUCAAAUUAUACAGAGAUGUUUUAAAAUUAUUUUUAAGAAUAUAAAAAACUGUACUUCCUAUAUCUUGAAUAGCUCUAUUUAUAUUUUUUUGUACAUUCUGUUCGUAAAAAUUGUACAGUAAGCUUUGCCUAUCUCUUUUUUUAAGUCUAAAUACAAAUUUUUUAAUGAUCAUA